GGAUGGCUAUGGCACUACGAUGUUUCCGUCAUCUGCCCCUGCUGCUUUAUCGUUCCUCGUUUGCUAUGACACGAGGGCUGCCACAGGCUCCUGCAGGCUGCUCAGUCCUUCUCCUGGAUGGCUGCUGGCAGUGUGUUCAUCAGGUGCUGCUGACCAGAAAGCUAGCAACCAAAAAAGGUAAAGGUAAAGGGCAGAGUCAAGCCAAAGUGAAUAUCAGUGCUGCCCUAGUUGAGGAUAUUAUCAAUUUGGAGGAAACCAAUGAAGACAUGCAGGCAGUGGUGGAAGCUCUGAAAGAAGAUUUCAGCAGAAAUCUCAGUGUUAGAACUUCACCAGGGGCCCUUGAUCACAUAACUGUGGUGACAGAAGAAGGGAAGUUUCCACUGAACCAGCUGGGGCAGAUCUCACAGAAGUCACCACAGCUCAUUAUAGUGAACAUGGCCAGUUUUCCAGAGAGCACAGCUGCAGCUAUGAAGGCUAUAAGGGACAGCGGCAUGAACCUGAACCCAGAAGCGGACGGGACAGUAAUUCGGGUGCCAGUUCCUAAGGUAACGAGAGAACAUAGGGAGAGCCUGGCCAAGCUUGCCAAGCAGUCCACCAACAAGUCCAAAGAAGCCCUGAGAAGGGUGCGAAGCAAAAGCAUCAAUCAGGUAAAGAAGUUCAAGAGCAAAGUGUCUGAAGAUACCAUCUGGCUGCUAGAAAAGCAGAUCCAGCAAAUGGCAGACAGCACUGCUGCAGAGAUGGACAAGCUGCUGGCAGCGAAGACCAAGGAGCUACUCGGAUAAGCACCAUCUUAAUGGACACACAGCCCUCUUGAGCAAUAAUGGACUGCCACAGACCCCAGUGACCAUCCCUGCCCAGAGCCCAUAGCCUCAGGUGAUGGGCAGAGGUACCUCUGCCAGACCUCUCAAGCAGCUCUGUGCUUCAGCUGCAGUGAUUCCCCACCUCGGAUUGUACUGGAGGGGCUGGGGAACUCUCCUUGCUGCUCUUCAUCCAGGUGGCAACAGAACUGGAUGCACCCAGAUUAAAAACAAAACAGGAGUAAGGAGGACUGGAGGCUACUGGAAGGCACAGGAGGAAUGACUGCCCUGCUUACCUUGUGCACUGGACUGUUUGCAGCCUGGCAGAGGCAAGGACCACACACCAGGGAAACCUGACUG